ACGCAGAGACAUUCCCAGAAUCUUAUUUUACUCUAGGCGAAAGUGAGAGUUCAGAUCAGACUCAAUGCUAAUGCUUCACCACAGCUGUUUGUGACUAAGUUUUUUUUCCCUCUCACGUUUUUUUCCAUUAAGUCUAGGACCUGACCUCUCUCAGCCUUACUGUCCCUGUAGGAUUUGCAAUCUUAUUCCAUUUCCUCUUCUUCUCCUCCUGCUUGGACUCUCUGUUCUUUGGACCAUGUUGUCUCUCUGGCUUCUCCUUCUCUCCUGCAUGUCUCUUCUCUCGAGAAGUUCUACAGAAGAAGGCCUGGAAUUCCCGAGCUUCGAUGGCAAGGACCGAGUGCUGAACAUCAACGAGAGGAACUACAAGAAAGCAUUGAAGAAGUAUGACAUGCUGUGCCUGCUUUACCACGAACCGCUGCCCACUGACAGGGAGCUCCAGCAGCAGUUCCACAUGAGGGAGAUGGUGCUGGAGCUGGCUGCCCAAAUCUUGGAAGACCGAGACAUAGGGUUUGGAUUGGUGGAUUCUCAUAAGGAUGCCAAGGUGGCCAAGAAGCUUGGGUUGGAGGAAGAAGGCAGCAUUUAUGUCUUUAAGGAUGAACGUGUGAUUGAGUUUGAUGGAGAGCUCUCUGCAGACACACUGGUCGAGUUCUUGCUAGAUCUUCUGGAGGAUGCAGUAGAGCUCAUCAGUAGCCCUAUGGAGCAGCGUGCUUUUGAGAGGAUGGACGAAGACAUCCGUCUCAUUGGCUACUUCAAGGGCAAAGAUUCAGAACACUACAAAGCUUUUCAGGGGGCCGCAGAACGAUUUCAGCCUUACGUGAAGUUUUUCGCUACGUUCGACAAAGGGGUGGCCAAGCAGCUGACUCUUAAGAUGAAUGAAGUGGAUUUCUACGAGCCGUUCAUGGACGAGCCCGUCACCAUACCAGACAAACCCAACUCGGAGAACGAGAUAGUGGCUUUUGUCAAUCGACACCGGCGACCAACUCUAAGGAAGCUACGUGCAGAGGACAUGUUUGAAACCUGGGAGGAUGACAUGGAUGGGAUCCACAUCGUGGCGUUUGCCGAGGAAGAGGACCCAGAUGGCUAUGAAUUUCUGGAGAUAUUGAAAGAUGUGGCCAGAGACAACACCAAGAACCCAGAUCUGAGUAUUAUGUGGAUCGACCCUGAUGACUUCCCCUUGCUGACGUCCUACUGGGAGAAGACCUUUAAAGUGGACCUGUUCAGACCUCAGAUCGGCGUGGUCAACGUGACAGAUGCAGACAGUGUGUGGCUGACGAUACCUAACGACGAGGCUCUGCCCACGGCUGAGGAGCUGGAGGACUGGAUCGAGGAUGUCCUCUCAGGGAAGGUCAACACCGAAGAUGAUGACCUUGAUGAAGAUGAUUUGGAUGAUGAUGAUGAUGACAGUGAACGUGGCGGUGAUGAUGAUAACGAUGAGGAUGACCACAAUGAUGAUGACGAUGAUGAUGACGGAGACGACUGAUUGGCAGAUACGUCACUAAUGAUUAGUGUAACUUGGUACAUUUUAUACGUGUGUUGCAGUAUUUAUAGAAUCCACGUAGAAUAAAAUCACUUGUUAAAGUCAAUAAUAAUAAUAAUAAUAAUAACAAUAAUAAUAAUAAUAAUAAUAAUGCAGUUCUACGGGUGCAGAUAGGAAACAAUUCAUGAAGUGAAAAUGACUACGUGUGUAGACUGGUUUAUAAGAUGAAUACGGUCAUAAACAUGUCAUGUAAGGUAUGUAAUAUGCUUCAGUAGAACUGCACCAUGUAUCAGCUCUACUACUUCUUCCAAAAUGCUUCAUAUAAUCAGGAAUUAAACUCGACUAUAUGGUGAAAAUGGAUUUUUUCACAUAAUUUUUUUUAAUCCUUGUAAAGAACCUCCAUUGCCAUUAUUAUUACUGUAGAUAAUUAAAGCGAUGUCUGUACCUAAUCCUAAACAUGACCUUAAAUUCAGUAACCAAAAAGAAACCGUUUUGCUCUUAGCCAGUCCGUACAGGAUUUCGGGUCUUUUUUUUUGCGACUGUUGCGGCCAAAAAUGCUUGAUUUUUUUACUGCGGUAUUUUUUCAAAAUUUGUGAUGCAAUUUGCAAAAUACUGCGUGCUUUAUUUUGUGGGAAAACUACUUAAAUUGGUGAAAUCGCAAUUGCAAGAAAUUGUCUUGCACGGCCUUUCACAGUGAUGUGUUGGCAAAUGAGACCUUUUAGCUGUCGCCAUGUUUGACGCACGUGAUCGGAGAGGGCUUUGGCUGAGGGACUGACUGAUUAGCAUUUUUUUCCUAACAUAAUCUGUAUUUUGUAUAAAUAUAUAUAUAUAUAUAUAUAUACACACAUAUAUAUACACACACACACACACACACAGACACACUACCCUUGGCACCCUUGGUAAAUAUGAGCAAAGAAGGUUGUGAAAAAUUGUCUUUAUUGUUUACCUUUUGUUAAACCAAUUCACAAAAAUACUCUGCUCUCAUGGAUAUCACAUAACUGCAAACACAGGUUUAUAAAAAAAAUAUCUUGGUUAAAUAUCGGUGUGCAAGAAAAUUUUUAACAGCUUUCUUUGCUCAUAUUUUACCAAGGGUGCCAAUAUUAGCGGAGGGCACAGUAUACACACACAAACACACACUUCCAUAAAGUCUCAGAAACUCUUCUGUGGAAAGAGAAAAACCCUGAUGAUGCAAUAAACAGCAUAGUGUAAUAUAAUAUGUGUAAUGUGUGUGUAUAUGUCAGGCUUAGCUCUCAACAUUUCUCCAGGGCUUUCAAGCAUAAUUAGGUAUCUGCUAGUGAUUAGAGGCUCCACGAUCUGUCCUCUAAAAAAAAAAAAAGCUUCACGUUAACAUAAUAUUAAAGCUGUCAGCUGAAAGCAGAUCUUUGUAGUGGGACGCACAUUCUCGAUCGCUACUUUUGUAGUAACCUUAAACUGUGCGUGAUAAAAGGCAUACACAUGAUUCAUGCAAGUUUGUUCUGGAUUGCUCACCAUUACCACCUCAUAAAAAUCCUCCCAUCUCUAAUUUAUGGUAUGGAGGUUGAAAGCCAGCCGUGUGACUAAUCACGUAACGUCAUGUUUGAGGAAGACUUUGGGUCCCACGCUGGUCCCACGCUAGGGCUAAAGCACUAAUCUUAUUAGUACUGUAUUUGUCAGAGAGUUGUAUCUAGUACUCUCUUUAGCUUACAUUGAGGCAAAGCUUUGCAAGAGGAUUAAAGGAACCUGUCAUUUUAGUAAGGAAUAAAACAUGACAGGAUCACCACCAUAGUCAUGAUAUCAAGAAACUCCAAAGAAAGUCCUCAGUCGUUAACACUUUCCUUUGGUGAAAAACUGGGACGCCUUCUAUAAAUGUUAACUAAACAUCUCCCUCCACCGAAGCUUCACGAGAUCAAUAAGUAUGCUAAACUUUAUUACAUAAAUAGAUCCCAGAUGCUGCAGUGUAAAUGUGCUUGUUGUAUGAACACAACUCAGCAGAGACAACAAAGCAAGCUAUGUUCCCAGUGUCCUAUGUUCCCAGUGUCCUAUGCUCCCAGUGUCCUAUGUUCCCAGUGUCCUAUGUUCCCAGGGUCCUAUGCUCCCAGUGUCCUAUGCUCCCAGUGUCCUAUGCUCCCAGUGUCCUAUGCUCCCAGUGUCCUAUGCUCCCAGUGUCCUAUGUUCACAGGGUCCUAUGUUCCCAGGGUCCUAUGUUCACAGUGUCCUAUGUUCCCAGGGUCCUAUUUUCCCAGGAUCCUA